CAUACUUGUGCAAUAAAAAUGAGCGAAGUGGAGUGGAUAUGUACAUAAUGUAUAUGACCACUUUACAUUCUGAAAUGUAUGUAGGGAGGUCACAGAAAGAUUAGACAUUAUCAUGGAGUUACCGGACAGAGGUCAGCGCCGGUGUAAGUCCAUCCCUGCAAGUCGGGUAGCAUUUUCUUCGCCAUUAUACCCUACGAUCCUUGGACUACGGGAAAACGCAAUUCGAAACAGAAGACGGUGUGUUUAUCUGAAAUGUCUGAUGGCAAGCAUUGGAAUGGUGUUCAUGGUUGUGGAAGGUGAAUUAUUUAUUUCAAAAGCGGUGGAGAAAAACUCGUUGACGUCGAAUGCCUUGAAAGCUGUUGUUUCAAUAUCUACAGCAUUCCUGCUCGGCUUCAUUGUUCUUCAUUACAAAUAUCAAAGACAAAUUGAACGAUAUUCCAACCAGUCGAGAACAUUGCGAUGUUGCGGGGAAAUGUUAUUGGAAAUUUUAGUAUGCAUUGCUCACCCGUUUCCCGGGAGUAUGAAAAUUCCAAAACCUUUGCAAACCAUGACAAAGGAAAGCGCAGAUCUGACGCGCGAAUACGUCCACGUAGACGGGUAUCUUUCGUUGUUUUUGGUAUUCCGUUUCUAUCUGUUUUGUCAAGUGACGUCAGAAUGGUUGUCGUCUAAACUGUUCUCCAACAGAACGCUUGCAAAACAUUUAGCAGGCCUGACACGUGUUCGGCUGAAUUCUGCAUUUAUGAUGAAAUAUCUACUCUUUCGAUAUCCAUUUCAAUUUGUUAUUUUCAUAUUGCUGAUUGUGUUGAUUACGAACUCGUAUGCCAUGCAGACGUGUGAAUCUUACACCUUCCCUGGUUCUGAAAUGUCGUCGUUUCUAAACUCCCUUUGGUUGGUGAUGAUCACGUUCCUGACAAUAGGUUACGGGGACUUUUACCCGGUGAGUUUUUGCGGGAGAUGCGUAUCAGCGGCUACUGGGUUUCUAGGAAUAGGCAUUACGGGUUUUAUUUUUUCGGUUUUCGUGCACCAUUUUGAAAUGAAUCGGGACGAAAAGUACCUUUUGAAAUUUUCCACCGAAGAACGGCGGAAGCACCGAAGACGAGUGGCAGCAUCUAACGUGAUUAAGUGCUUUUACAAGGCUGCAAAAUGCAAGGGUGAGAAAUCGGAGUAUCUGACGUAUAAGGAAAGAUUCUGGAAGGCAGUGGGCGUUAUGAAAAGAUCUGCAAAGAAAUGUAGAAAUCAACAUGACAUUGAUUUGAUAGACAUACAGCGAACAGUUCAAGAUAUUGAAAAAAGACAAAAUGAAAUACACGCCAUUUUGUGUGAAAUGCGUGCCAGUAUGAAGACAGACGAAAACUCAAACAAAAAGUCGCCCCAAUAAAUUUAUACACUGUUGUGAUUUUUGGAUUCUGUAACACGAACCAAGGCGUGGUUGUACCAAAAUCAAAUUGUUAUGAAAUAGAGAAAAUAUCUUUUUA